AUGCGUAAGGAAAUUGAGGUAUAUGUGGAUGAUAUGAUUGCUAAAUCUGUUUACGAAGAAGAGCACCUCAUUAAUCUGGGAAAAUUAUUUAGACGACUUCGAAAGAUGAAUCCUUUGAAGUACAUCUUUGAAAACCCUAUAUUGACGGGAUGUAUCUCGAGGUGGCAAAUGUUGCUUAUAGAAUUUAACAUUGUAUAUGUCACACAGAAAUUAGUUAAAGCUGGGGCAAUUGCAGAGUAUUUGGCUGAGAAUCCUACAGAUGACUAUCGACCAAUAGAAACUUAUUUCCCAGAUGAAGCUAUCCUAUUGGCCAUGGAGGAAGAAGAGAUUGAGCAGGAAGUCAAGUGGAAGAUGUAUUUUGAUGGGGCUGUAAAUAAAAAAGGGGUUGGGAUUGGAGCAAUUAUAGUUUCUAAUGUCAACUUGAUGCAUUAUCCGAUAGCCACCAAAUUAAAGUUCUACUGUACAAAUAAUAUGGCAAAAUAUAAAGCUUACAUAAUAGGCCUUCAGGCAGCACUAGAUAUUGCUAUCGAGAAACUUAUUGUAUUCAGUGAUUUGGAGCUCAUAAUUAAUCAAAUUACUGGUGAAUGGCAGGUCAAGAACGCAAAAUUGAUUCCAUAUAAUCGGUAUUUGAUUGGACUUUGCUGGUAG